AUGAACCAUAUGGAUAAACAGAAUUAUACUGCAGUGAGUGAGGUGACUGAAUUUAUUCUCAUGGGAAUCACCAAAAACCCUCAAUUUCAAGCACCCCUCUUUGGAAUCUUCUUCAUCAUAUACUUGGUCACAGUGACAGGCAAUCUGGGCAUAAUUAUCUUGACCCAUUUGGACUCCAGGCUACAUACUCCAAUGUACUUUUUCCUUAGACAUUUGUCAAUUACUGAUCUUGGUUACUCCACUGUCAUUGGCCCCAAAAUGAUGGUAAAUUUUGUGGUGCACAAAAAUACAAUCUCCUACCAUUGGUGUGCCACCCAGCUGGCAGUCUUUGAGAUUUUCAUCAUCACUGAACUGUUUAUUCUUUCAGCAAUGGCCUAUGAUCGCUAUGUAGCCAUCUGCAAACCUCUCUUGUAUGUGGUCAUCAUGGCAGAGAAGGUACGUUGGGCGCUGGUCCUUGUUCCCUAUCUCUACAGCACAUUUGUGUCUCUUUUUCUCACAAUUAAGUUAUUUAAACUGUCCUUCUGUGGAUCUAACAUUAUCAGUUAUUUUUACUGUGACUGCCUUCCUCUCAUAUCCCUGCUCUGUUCUGACACACAUGAGUUAGAAUUGAUCAUUUUAAUUUUUUCAGGCUGUAAUUUGCUCUCUUCUCUCUUGAUUGUUCUUGUAUCCUAUAUGUUUAUUCUUGUGGCCAUUCUCAGAAUGAACUCAACUGAAGGGAGAUACAAAGCCUUCUCCACCUGUAGCUCCCAUCUGACAGUGGUGACUGUGUUCUAUGGGACAUUACUCUUUAUUUACCUGCAACCCAAAUCCAGCCAUACUUUUGAUAUUGAUAAAAUGGCUUCUGUGUUUUAUACUCUGGUGAUCCCUAUGCUGAAUCCAUUGAUCUACAGCUUAAGGAACAAAGAAGUAAAAGGUGCUCUGAAGAGAACUUUAACCAAUGGGUGCAAAAUCCCCACUUAG